CAUUCAAAAUGUAAAUUUGAACUACAAAGCUUUAGGGACAACUAAACAUUACCAAGGUGUGUUGGCAUUGUUAGUGUCAGUGGUGUCAUUUUGUGAAUUCCUGUCGUUUUGGGUCGAAAUUAAAAUGGAUUUAGACGAUAUUGAAAUCAACGAAAAUGAGCAGCCGAUAUUCACGUGCAAGGCCCACGUGUUCCACAUAGACCCGAAGACCAAGCGAUCAUGGAUGUCGGCCAGUUCCGCGGCCGUCUCCGUCUCCUUCUUCUACGAUUCCUCAAGGAACCUCUACCGCAUCAUCAGCGUUGAAGGAACUAAGGCGGUGAUCAACAGUACGAUAACAGCGAACAUGACGUUCACUAAGACUUCUCAGAAGUUCGGCCAGUGGAGCGAUGUUAGAGCCAACACGGUCUAUGGACUCGGGUUCGCGUCGGAACCUGAACUUGGCAAGUUCAUAGAAAAGUUCCAAGAAGUAAAAGAAGCGAUUCAAGCGCAGCAGUGCGGCGCUACUGGUGGCAAGUCGGUGACGAACGGUAACAGUGGCGCCGCCACCCCGGUGGCCAGUGCCACCGCCAGCCCACUGCUGGCUGGUAGAGCUACCGGUGGGGACGAGCCACCGCCCGCCGUGUCACCUGCUCAGGCCUUGCCCAAACCAGAGCCGGAGGAUAUGAACGUACACCAGAGAGCACAUUCCGUGUCCUCCACUCUACAGGGAGGUGGUUACGCCACAGUAGGUCGAGCGCCCCGCGGCCCGCUAGCGUCAGCCGGCGCUCCAGCCGUGAUCGACCCUCCUCCCGCGGAGUCCUCCGAACAACAGCUGCGGUACGAGAACGACAGACUCAAGCUCGCACUCGCACAGAGAAUGGAAAGUGGCUACGCGACAGUGGGGCGAGCUCCGCGCGGUCCGCUGGCGACCGCCGGCCCGCCCGCGGUCAUCGACCCGCCGCCCCCCGAGUCCAUUGAACAACAGCUGCGCUAUGAAAAUGACAGGUUGAAGCUGGCACUCGCGCAGAGCUCAGCGAACGCCAAAAAAUGGGAGGUGGAGCUGGCCACGCUGAAGAGUAACAACCUUCGACUGACGGCGGCGCUGCAGGAGAGCACGGCCAACGUGGACGAGUGGAAGCGGCAGCUGCACCAGUACCGGGAGGAGGUGGCCCGCGCCAGGCACUACGCUGGUAAAGGCGCGGAAGCCAACGAAGUGGAGCAGCUUCGGCAGCGUGUCGCCCAACUGGAGGCAGAACUAGCCCAGAAGAACGAGGAGCUGGCUCAGAUCACCAAGUCCAAGAAGAGUGAACAGGACGCAGAGGCUAAACUUGCUCAGAGCCAGCUGGAACUGGCACUGGCCGCGCAGGAUGGACAACGACAGGUCAUACAGGCACUCAAUGACCAAUUGGCGCGGCAACUUGAUGAGCUGAGCACAAUCCACCGCGAGAUAAACUCAGCGUUGCACACAUGAGACGCGGCCGCGGCUGCGCUGGCCGCCCCCGCACCGCCGCAGUACGCCGUCCCGCACCGGGAGCCCCGCGACCCCCGCGACGCCCGCGACCCCCGGGACGCCCGUGACCCCAGAGACGCCCGCGACCCCCGCGACCCCCGCGAGCCCCGCGAUCGUCGCCUGCCGCUACUGCUGCGUGCGCCGGAGCCAGCCUACGUGACGGUGAAGACCAAGAAAUGAAGAGUGCUCUCGGUAUUUCGCAAGGUGCACGAGUUUUUUUAAGUUUCCCCCCCCUUUUUUAUAUGUAGGGGAGAGUCGGUUGGUUUUUUAGUUGUUUCGGUGUCAAUGUGGUGGUUCGAGUUGUAAAUGUUUCUUUCGCGUUAAUGCAAUGAAGACUUUAUACGUGGUUGAGUUUGGUGAACUCUAAUAAGAGAUGUGUAAAGUAACUCCCUAUGAUUGAAUCCGAGUGUUUUGUAUGGUGUAGAGGCCACACAUUGAUGCUAUGUUAUUAUUAUUUUAUUUAUUUGAAAUCAGCUUCUUUGUUUGAGUUAAUAACACUAUGAAAAUGUGAAAUAGUCUCUCAAUUUUCCUAUUCCAGUUUUUCUUGUAUAAAUGAUAAGAAAUCUUUUCUUGAAAAUGCAAUAUGAUUGCGAUCUAUUUCGAAUGGUGCGAACAACCGACGCUCCCUUCGUGGUUAGCUCAUCGAUAAUUUUAUUUAACGUUAGGGCACAUCACUAUUAUUCGUUUCACCGGUACCAAGUGUUGUCAUUGAUCUUGUCAUUUUCAAAACGGUGUCAUUACGGUGUCAUUUUUAUUUUAGGAUGUCAUUAGAAAACUUGAGUUAAUUAUGGCUUACUCACGUAACUGUUUGACGAGGCUGUUCAUGACUAUGAGUCCCCAGUGUGAGUUGAAACUAGUCGAGUUACCUUGUCAAACAGUUAUAUGACUAAACUGUAAAUUUGUUUUUAUUUCUCACGAGAGUUAUGUAUGUUACAAAAAUUGUUAUAAGAGUUAUGUAUACUAUGCCACAGUAUAACAAAUCAAUUCCUCGGUUUAGAGGUGCGAAUACGAACUCAUUGCUGUAGUUGGCUGAGCUAUAACUCAUCAUAAGAUCCUAAUUAGUAGUUGUCAAUAGCAUACUGAAUAAUUGCUUGACAUUGUAAAAUAUUAAAUCGGUCACCAAAAAAAAACAGUCUAAACUCUCAUGGGAGAUUUGUAUAUUGUAAUCGCACCUCUGCCUACCCCUUAAUGUGCUAUACAGUAUUAUCAGAUCUCAUUACACUGUGGCAUCAAACACAAAUUCACGAUUCGCGUCAUUUUUCAUUUACCUAAUUAAAGUGACAAUUUCUUCUCGAUCUCAUCGAUAUAAAUCGAUUACGAAUGUAAGUUUAAUCGAUAUGAAUAGUGUCUUUUAAGUCUAUUAUAUCGAAACGUUUACAUCGAUACUAGAGCUAUGUUCGUAUUAUAAUCCGAAUUGAAGAUCAUUCAUUCGUCACAGGAUAAUCAACCUUCUGUCAUGUUAAAAAGUAAUGGUAAUAAAGAUGAUAUUCGCUUAGCAAGAACUUGUUUGACAAAGUUUUGGGGCUGUGAAUGGAAAAUUGGUUUUCGUACGGCAUUUUGUGGCGUGUAGGUAGCGAUGUAUGAAAUUGUAUGGAGGUUAUGUACUCGUGAAAUCUUUUUGAAGUCUUGAUAUGGUCGGGAGGCGACGCGUUGGAGUUUAUUAUGUGUAAGAGUUAAAGUCGCUUGGAAACAAGUACUCGACUUGUUUCUCAACUUCAUGAAACUUUGUAAUGUACCCACGUUCCAAAUGGGAUUAUUAACGUGUAUUUUAACUGUUGUUUUGAUGAGAAUGUCUAUAUUAAAGUCAUGUCUAAUUCAGAAUUAAAUUAAUAAUAGUUUUUGUUGAGCAUCACUCGUUCUUUGUACACGGUUUUCUUUUAUCUAUAUUUUUUUUCUUUUGUAUAAUACAGAUUGGCAAAAUAAUUCCGUUGUAAAGACGUUUUAAUAGUGACUCCGAUUGUAUAGCCAAAUAUGCCAAUAGACACCAAAUUGUUCGCCAAACAUAUUAGUAUGAACUCGACAAGAUUUGUACCGAACCGGUGCUUACAAUACUGUUACAAUAUUAUAUACUUCAGUUUUCCCUUACUAUAAAGUUGUGUAGAAAUAUGAAAGAUGAAUGAAUAAAUGGAGUGCUAACUAAGGACGCUCGUUGAUAUAAGCAAGUGUCAAAAUGUUUGACAGCGUAUUCCAGUCACUCCAUUUGUUACGCAAUCCGUGUUUUCCACCCCUUAGAUUUAAUAUAACGACAUUAUCAAACCAAGUUUACGUCUCUUUAAAUGAUUAUUGAUAGUUUUUGAGUCAAUUCGAGUCAGUGAUGUCGACCCACCCCUAUCUAUAUGUAAAUACGUUCGAUAAUCGUGUGACAACACGGUUCAAUGCCAAAAAAUAACUAAUUUAAUGUAUAUUUUAAAUGUAGAUUUUUAAUAUUGUAUUAUUGUGUAAGAGAAUUAAAAAACUGGUUGCCCGGUGAAAUACCGAAUUUAAAAAUGAAAUAAAUGACUCUUGGUUUCGACAAUCGCCUGAUGUUGAAGUGACAGGCAGUGCCAUGUCUUAAUCUAUGUGUGUAUAUUGAAAUAUUCCCUAAUUAAUGAUAAAAUAUUAAAUAAUAAAACUGUCGGCUAAUACAACGCCUCAUCGGUCCCUUUGGACAGGGAUUUAAAAAACAAUAUUAAAUAAAUGCUUCGAUUAAAAAAAUGUUUUUUGAAAGCGUUAAAUUAAUGAAUAUUACAUAGUUAUGUAAGUAUGUAUGUAUUUUACCGCCGUAUGUAUGUAUGUAAACAGUUUAUGUUCCCGUUCGAUCUGUGAGCCAAUGAAGUUGGUGUACUGUGCAUUUGUUUUGCCUCGAAUACAUUCUUCAAUGUGUAACGUGUUAAGUAAGAUACGAUAUUUUUUGUGGGUCUUGAGUGAAGGGAGCAUGUAGUGUAUUUACGAACGUAGCUAUUGGCAAAAAUGGCUGCUUGCAAGUUAUGUUAUGAUUUUCAAUGAAUUUUUCAGAUUGUAUUAUUUUAUAUUUAAAUUAAGCAAUUAUUUUGGAAAUAAAUGUAUUAUGAAUCUAGCUUAUGUCAGUCCCUAUGUCUGUUUGUUUUAGUAAUUAAAUGGAUCUCGAAUAUCGAUAAUGUAUUUUAUCGAUAUCGAUACGAUAUACCGUGCGCUCUUCACUCAAGACAUAAUUAAACAUAAAAAUAUUCCUAUCGUACAUUAGACUUAUAAACAUUUCCGUUUAACUUUCCUACUGUGUAGGUGUAUUCUAUUAAUAAAUAAACUAAUUAUUAAAUAAUAAUAAUUAAUAAAUCGUAACGUAAAAUUCCAAUCUCGAUGAUUUUUUAAUUAAAAAAUAUUAAAUAUAUUCAUCCCUAGAGUAAGGUGUUAGUGAGACGCGCAAAAUUAUUUUGUUACAAUUUUUAAUUUAACCGAAGUUUCAUACAAAUAAAAUAAAUGAUAAAUAUAAAAAUGCCAAUCCUCAUAGUUCCUUAGUCAUUAAUUUCAUACGACAUUCAUUAAUGAGAUAAUUUUGCGCUAAAGUAAACUUGUAUGAAAAGGUACUAGAUGAAAAUCGACUCCGGUGUCCGUCUAAAUCCCAAACGUUGACGUAGAAUUUAAUUUCAACUUUAUUUCCUUUACAUUUGGUUGAUAUUCGUUUGAAAACCCUGUAAUACAUAGAUCCCUUAGCAAAUUAGUGACACUUCGACGGGUAAUGUCAUCUGCGAUGUUUAAAAAGUUAUUUUAAAAAAGUAUUUUUGUUACGACUGUUGUAGAAUGUAAUUUUAUUUAUUCGUCUGUGUUUGUGUUCAAUAUAUUUCUUUUUUAUUUAAUAUUUGUAUUGAAAAAGUUGAGUUUUUGAUAUGUAGAUGAGUAUUACCCGUCGGGAUCAAUAAAAAAAAAUUGGUAACAAAAUGAUAUCAUUAUAAAAGGCUGAGGACACAAUUUUUAAAAUAUACAAUGUCUUCGAACAGGGUAACUUUGAUUUACUGUUGUGUCGGAACUUUUUAAAUAGUGGCAAACGUUGUUAUUCGAUUUUUAUCGUCUACCACAACACUAGUUCUUUACAAUCCGUUCUCAAACUGCGUCACGAUUCCAAGGUGUGACGUCACGCCCUAACGAAUAGACCGCGAACAAUUAUACUCUCUAACCUUUUCAUUUAUAUAAAAAAAACGUCUUUUUUAUAUAAAUAACUUUUAUGUUUUACGUAGUUAAAUAAAUACAUAGCUAUAGUAGGUAAUAAUGUUUAUAGACACGAGUAUUUAUUUGUACAUGUAAAAAAAUAAAAAAAUCUGUUUAUCAAUAAUAUUAUUACUAUAGGUGAAUUUAGUAGAACCGAAUGAUCUGUUGGACUAUAAGAAAGUGUAAUAUAAAAAGAAUUAGAUAAUGUUUAAGUGUUAAUCCCGUUUUAUUUGGAAACCGAAGAUGUUAAGUGUGAUCACAUAUAUAAUAUAGAUAGUUAUAUAUGUACUAUAUCAUAGUCGUUACAAUAGAUGAGAUUUUAAUUUAAAAGAAAAAAAAAUGUAUCUUGGCUGGGAGAUGACAUUAAUUUAACCGACUUUGGAUAAAAAAGGAGGUUUCGUUUAAUUUGUGUUCCCGGUGGCCAAUAAUUUCGGCCCGAUGUGUAACGCCCACCGAAUACUACAUGGUGUGCCAAUAUAUUUGCCAGGACGUGUAAGUUUGUUGUUUUUUGAGAAUAACGCCAUCUGUUGGUGUGAUGUGGAGAGUGUUGAAGUUUUGUCUCGAGCCGCAAGUAUGGGCCACUCGAUUGUUGUAAUGUAAUCGCAUUAUAGUUUUAAUUGUAAUUUAUUCAUUAUAUAUUAUAUUUACUAUGGUCUGCGUUGCAUUUGAUUACAUGCGUUUUUGACGAUGCAUUUAGAUUCCAUAACACUAUUUUUAAUAAAGUAGAUUAGUCCUUGGGUAUCGCGAACUAUUUUGGAUUAAGUCUGUUGCUAGUUCUGAUAUAUACUUGCCUCUAUUGAAUAACAGAUGACUUACUUUGAUUUAAAAUCCUAUGUCCCCUAGAUGGGGCAGAGGGCGUCCACAGACGCCACGUCCUAUGUGGAUGCCCUCUGAGAUGAUGAGAUAUUAAAAUGUAUUUUUAUUCUUAGCAGAAUGAUUUCAGUUCUGUGUAUCGUAAUGAUUAAUGACAAAAAAAUCAUUUUUUGAACUGUUCUGUCACUUUUUCGGUUGAAAAAUUGUCCUUAUAGGAACAACAUUUAAUUUCUUUACUUAGUGUUAAAAGUACGUCAAAACGUUGCAUUCUCAGAUGCAUCGCAGACUGUGCAGUUACGUGUACUACGUUAUAUCUUCCAUUAGAACCGUAGUCGCUGUGAGCUGAGUAUGCAUAUUAAACAAUAAAUAAAUACAAUAUGAAUUUCAA